AAAAAACGACCAAAAGGGGGAGCUAGAGGGCAGGGCCGUGUACCUGAUCACCUGAUCUGUUCAGGUGGAUUAAAGUAACACUUUCUAUAUUGGAGGAGCAAAUUCCUGUAAUAGAAUUUGAAAACAUUUUGUUUUGAGUUACCAGAGUUUAAGGAGGACCUGGUUCAGCAUGUCUGCAUCGACGGAGAGAGAAGGGCCCAGCCUGACGCGGACUGUGGUGCGGAGGCCCUUCCGCCGUCACGGACUCCACAGCUCCUUCCAGCCGAACAGCAGGCUCGGUUCGUCCAGCAGGCGCAGCUUCAGCCUGGAAGGAGGCAGCAAAGUUCUGCAAAAGAGCAUCAUUCAGAGCCCAAAAGCAGCUGUUCGGGUUUUGGACGAGGAGUGCAACGAUGUCACCCCACUGCCACUGUGUCAGGCAAACCCUGGGGCGGCACAGGCCACGGCCAGCAUCCUCUUCAAGGACGGGAUUUCUGCCGACUCAGCAUCAGACCAAACUACGGCCACUGAGAGCUUUAGCGUGCCUCUCUCCAGGUCAUUUCUGGAUAGCAGCAGAAUAUCCAGCCAAUCUUCACUUUGGUUCAUGAAUGAAGAGAUGGAAGAGACUUCUUCCAAAUGGAACGUUUCCAACAGCUUCCCAGACGACAGAAGCAAAACAGAGGCCCUGAGAGAAGAAGUGGAGCUUACUCUCAAAGAGACUAAAGACCUCUUUCUGACCGAGACGGACAACAUUUCUCUGCUUGACAUUCCUUCAACUUUCCUCUUGCUGGAUGCUGAUCAUCCAGAAGCUUCAAAGAAAACUAGACGCAAAGACCAGUAUGUGGACAGAUCCUCACAGACAUUCCAUGGAGCUCCCAAAAACAAACACGUUCAGAGUGAUGGUCUGCUCCUGGUGGACGCAGGCGUAGCUGUUUCCACCUCCAUCAUGUAUGAUGACGCUGAGCUGGAGGAGAGGCCGGAUAAACCUGAAGCCGUGAACUAUGCAGGAGCUUCAGUGGACUCUGAUGACAGAGGCUCCCUGGUUUCACCAGUGAGAAGUGCAGAGAGGAGCACGUCAGCCGGCAGCAUGGCCACUGCAGUCAGUGUGUCCAGCUCACUGAAAGACGCAGAAGUAUCUGAAAACACUCCCAAAUCAGACGUGGAGCUCAUCGGGCUUUCAAAGAAAUUCCUGCACAGUCUGCUGGUGGUGGAGAAGACCAUCCUGCAGAGCCUGCUGCAGCCUCAGCUGGCUGUUUACAGACAGCUGCCCUCACUGAAAGACUACAUUGUGGAGGUUGACAGAGAGGAGCAGAGAGAUGCAGAGAUCUCUGAAAACCCCGCCCUGGAGGGUCUGUGGGUUUUCAGCUGUGAGCUCACCAGAGGAUUCAGUGUCAGCAGCAUGGCCUGGAAUAAGAAGAACUUGGACCUCCUUGCUGUGGGCUAUGGGGAGUUUGACUCUACUGAUCAAAGACCAGGUCUGGUGUGCUGCUGGUCCCUCAAAAACCCCAUGUGGCCCGAGCGUGUUGUGCACUGUGACAGCGCCGUGACCUCUUUGGAUUUCUCAGCCGCUCGGCCCAGUCACCUGGCAGUGGGGACAUUCGACGGCAGCAUAGCCAUCUACGACAUCCAGAACCCAGACAGCACUUCACUUUUCCUCGACACCAGUAAAUGUCCCAGCAGACACCUGGGGCCGGUGUGGCAGCUCAGGUGGAACCAACAAGAGCUGGGAUUACCAGCAGAGGAGAGGUUGGAGGAUCUCAUCUCUGUGGGGGCAGAUGGAAGGAUCAUCAAGUGGUUUGUUUGCACUGGGAGCCUCGGACACACAGAGCUGAUGAAGCUCAAAAGGACGAGUUACAAAACGCCAGACGCAAAAAACACAGGAGGAGUUUCACAAAGUGUUUUAUCUUCACUGAUUCCUGCUUUGUGUUUGGACUUUCAUCCAACAGAGCCCGGUAUCUACCUGACCGGUACGUGGGAAGGUCUCAUCCACAAGUGUUCCUGUUCCAACAACCAGCAGUAUCUGGAUACAUACAGAAAACAUUAUUGUGCCGUGAACUAUGUCGCGUGGUGUCCUCUCAGCCGUGACGUAUUCCUAAGCUGCUCUGCUGACUGCACCAUCCAGCUGUGGACGCAGAACCAACACAACCCCAUGCUGAGCUUCAGCACCACCAGGAAGGUCGUGCACGACAUCAAGUGGUCCUCAAAGUGGGCAACAGUCUUUGCUGCAGUUUAUGAUGAGCAGCUUGAAAUCUGGGACCUUGAUUUAAGCUGUCUGAAUCCAGUCAUUGUGCAGCCGGCUCCUCCCGGUGUGAGACUGGCAUCCCUGCUUUUUGCUUCACACACAGACUGUGUUGUGGUAGGAGACAGUUGUGGGCAGGUGACGGUCUACCACCUGAGGAACCUGGGGGUUGGAGGAAGCAACCAGGUAUUACGCAGGAGCAGGUAAAUAUCCUGCACGACCUUCUUCACUCUGCAGCUUCUAGUACACUAAAGCCAUGAUUGCGUAUUCCCAGUCAUUGUCUUCAAAAGUAAACGACCAACUUACCAAAUUAAGUAAAGUUUUAAAAACUUGAUCUUUAAACAUUUAUUUGUAAGUUUAAGUCAUGUGUUGUGAGUUAUAGUGUGGGAAUGAUGAUUAGGAUAUACUGUCGCAUUUCCAUGAAACUUUUUUUGAUUUGUUUUUGCUGAUUUUUUAGAGUGUACGUUUACAACAUGCAUGUUGAGGAGAUAUGUUGAAAUCUCAAUAAAAGACUGGAAUAAAAUACUUUACAUGUCAGUAAAAAUCAA